AUGCACCUUUUCGGUAUUUUCCUAUUGGUCAAUUGCGCUGUCUUCAUGGCGCGAGCAUGCUUUCCAACGCAGACGGAAAACCUGGAGCCAGGACUUCCAGGACCGGAUGGACUUGAUGGAGAAGAGGGAGCACCAGGACCUCAGGGUAUGGUGGGACCUCGAGGAGUGCAGGGAUCACCUGGAGAUCAAGGAGAGCAAGGAUUAAAGGGAAUCCAAGGUCCACCGGGAGAACAAGGACCACAAGGUGACGAAGGACUGCAAGGAAUACAAGGACCAGUGGGUGGUGGUGGUAGGCCUGAAAUUGUUGUCGGUGCCUUGAAGGAACAUGGUAUAAAUGCUGGAAUAUAA